UUCCUUCUCUCUUUAGUUGAUAGCAGCUCAAAUUUGGGCAAUCAAAUCUUUAUUGCGACAAAUUUAUUAAUACAAGAAUUUGCAACUACAACAUCGACAGAACAAAUUAAUGACGAAAACACUAAGAUCAAAGAAGGCCAAAUCACGCCCAAUACCUUAUGUCCAACCGACUCCAAUGAAGCACGUUUGUAAAAUGAUGCUCAGGACCCCCCACUUCCUCGAGUGGGAGGAUCAUUGUACCGUUUUAUAAUUACAAGAAUUAGCAUCCUUAUGGAGCGCCCACUGGUAUAGGGUCCUUUGUUAGCGCAAACGUAAGACGAUAUGAACAUAUAAAACAAAUAUGUCUGGCUUUCAACGAAAGGGAUUAUUGUUCCUUUGUUUCUACUUGAAAUAUCAGCGACACUCCCGAGGCAAGUACGAUCUGGACCUUAUCCUCGGUCGGAAACCUCUAAAGGAUAGAGGUGUCUCACUGCUCUCAGUAGUUCUUCCGUUAUUCUUACAACCACUGAUCGACAUACCAUCUUUGGCCUUUAUGAGUCUGUUGAUUCUUCCCAUUCUUCAGGUAUUUCUGGGACAGUCUCUUUUCAACA